CAUGCCGGACGGCAUCGAUGGAGUGUCCGCCGAUGAGAGCUGCGAUGGCAAACUCUACUUUCAGGCGUUCGCCAGCAACAUCCAGGGCGUUGUCGACAAGCAGGUCAUCCGAGAUGCAUGCGACGGGGAUGUUUUGGACAUCAAGACGCAGGUUGAUCUGCCAGGAGAAAUAUCUGGGCCGAGCGGAGUAAUAGCGGUGGAUCCGAAGGGACAGUUGCUAUUCUUCCCUGUGCUAGAUGAACUGGCCAUCUACUGUUGGAAUACGAGCAAGCCUCACGACCAAAAGAACUUUCGCCUGAUCAUUAAAGACGAUGAAAAUCUACAGUUUGUCAGCAGCAUCAACAUAGACCAUGAAAAACAAGUACUAUAUAUAAUGAGCGAUCGAUUAACAUCCUAUCUAUCAAAUACCACCGACUGCUCUGAUGACAACUUCCAAAUUUUGUAUAUUGACAUCAAGAAUAUAGAAUGUUAGUUCUAUGUGUAACAGAUUUUGUUUUGUGAUUUCGAAGGAACUUGGUGCCUCGGCAAGAUCCAUCGGAUGUAAUUACCAUUGUAUGAUAUAUUGAGAAGAAUGAA